GUGAGCUCUAUAGUUGUCACUUAGCGCCCCAAGUGAAAUAGGAAACGAAACCGUCGCCAGCCAAGUAGCCAACUAUACCACGAAAUAAUGGAGACGUUCACCGCCGACGACCAGCGGGACGCCGACGCGCCGCGGCCGCCGCGCGUCGUGCUGCUUGCCAGCCCCGGCGCCGGCCACCUCAUCCCGCUGGCCGAGCUGGCGCGGUGGCUCGCCGACCACCACGGCGUCGCGCCCACGCUCGUCACCUUCGCCGACCUCGAACACCCCGACGCGCGCUCCGCCGUGCUGUCCUCGCUCCCGGCCACCGUCGCCACCGCCACGCUGCCGGCGGUGCCCCUCGACGACCUCCCCGCCGACGCCGGACUGGAGAGGACGCUGUUCGAGGUCGUCCACCGCUCCCUCCCGAACCUCCGUGCGCUGCUCCGGUCCGCGGCGUCGCUGGCCGCGCUUGUCCCGGACAUCUUCUGCGCCGCGGCGCUGCCCGUCGCCGCCGAGCUCGGGGUCCCGGGCUACGUCUUCGUACCCACUAGCCUCGCCGCGCUAUCUUUGAUGCGCCGGACCGUGGAGCUGCACGACGGUGCUGCCGCCGGCGAGCAACGCGCCCUCCCGGACCCUCUCGAGCUUCCCGGCGGCGUGUCGCUGCGGAACGCGGAGGUGCCCCGCGGUUUCAGGGACAGCACCACGCCGGUGUACGGGCAGCUCCUCGCGACAGGCCGGCUGUACCGCCGCGCCGCCGGCUUCUUGGCGAACAGUUUCUACGAGCUGGAGCCGGCCGCCGUGGAGGAGUUCAAGAAGGCGGCGGAGAGAGGGACGUUCCCGCCGGCUUACCCGGUGGGCCCGUUCGUCCGGUCGAGCUCCGACGAGGCCGGCGAGUCGGCGUGCUUGGAGUGGCUGGAUCUCCAGCCGGCAGGGUCGGUGGUGUUCGUCUCCUUCGGGAGCGCCGGCACGCUGUCCGUCGAGCAGACGCGCGAGCUCGCCGCCGGGCUGGAGAUGAGCGGCCACAGGUUCCUCUGGGUUGUGCGCAUGCCAAGCUUCAACGGCGAGUCUUUCGCCUUCGGGAAAGGCGCCGGCGACGAAGACGACCACCGUGUCCACGACGAUCCACUGGCGUGGCUCCCCGACGGGUUCUUGGAGAGGACGAGCGGCCGGGGCCUCGCCGUCGCGGCGUGGGCGCCGCAGGUGCGCGUGCUGUCGCACCCCGCGACGGCGGCGUUCGUGUCGCACUGCGGGUGGAACUCGACGCUGGAGAGCGUGGCCGCCGGCGUGCCGAUGAUCGCGUGGCCGCUGCAUGCGGAGCAGACGGUGAACGCCGUCGUCCUAGAAGAGUCCGUGGGGGUGGCCGUUCGGCCGCGCUCGUGGGAGGAGGAUGACGUCAUCGGCGGCGCGGUUGUAACGCGUGAGGAGAUCGCGGCGGCGGUGAAGGAGGUGAUGGAGGGGGAGAAGGGGCGUGGCAUGCGGCGGCGGGCGAGGGAGCUGCAGCAGGCGGGUGGUCGGGUGUGGUCGCCGGAGGGGUCGUCGCGGCGGGCGCUGGAGGAGGUCGCCGGCAAGUGGAAGGCGGCGGCGACGGCGACGGCGCACAAGUAAACGACCGUAGAUGCAGGGGAUUGUCGUGUCAUCGUGCGUUGUUUCCGUGACGUUUUGACUUUUCAGUAGAGGAAACUAUUUUAAACUAGAUAGUAAAAUAUGCUACUGUUGUUUGCACGUUGUUUAAGUGAUUAUAAAAAAAUAAAUUAAUAUGUAAUAUAUCACUCCAUAACAAUAGAGAUAAAAUUUAACUUUUAUAAGUUAGAACGAAAGUAUUAAAUUUGA